AUGUCGGGGUCGGCUGGCCCCUGGCCUCUAGUGCUGCGGCUCUCCGUGUCCACAGUAAGGUUGGUGCCGCUACUUAGUACGCUGGCGAGGUGCUUGCUGUCCAGCCUGUGGACAUGCUGCGUUCCUCAGCAUCUUCGUUGGAGGGCCCAGGUCUGUGGGAGCGUUCUGCAGGCCGCAGAAGUUCGUUGGGGCGUGGCUAUCACCUUGGACAUGUGGUACUUGCUCAGCACGCCCUUGAACGUGGGCUUGAGAGAGGCUUGGCUGGGAGCUUUGCUCUUCGCCAACAUCUUCCUCUGUUUCGUGGACACCGUGACCUUGCUGGCCGUCCUGUCCUCCAAGUCGCAAGCCCCGGCUGCCUCGGCGUUUUCUGCCGAGAGGACCAUGUACAGAGCGCGGCACAUCAAGCUGACUCCUGAAGAGGGUGUGCCGCAGACGUGUGCCAUUUGCCUGUGUGACUUCGAACAGGAAGAGGCGGCUGUGCAGCUGCCGUGUUCCCAUGUCUUCCACUGCGAGUGCAUCACCGCCUGGCUGCAACGCAGCCGGCACUGCCCCAUGCGCUGUCCGGAGCUGGUGCUGCCUCCACGACGGCGGCUCCGAGCUCCAGCUACGGCGGAGGACCUGGAGCCGACAAGCUACGGACGCGAAGAGUCCGAGUUGAUUUCCGUGGUUCCUGGCCAGGUGCCUCUGAGCCUGCGGGACUGA